AUGGCAUAUUUAAGAAGAGUAUCUUAUUCUGUGAGAGGGUAUAUAAAUAUGCAAAUAGGCCCUUUAGUUAAUGAAAUCCUUCUUGAAGAUUUCAUUCCUGGACAGCUCUACCAGUGGUUGGACUUCAGCCUCUGCCACCUGUAUUGCCGCCAUUUCACAUUUGUGGUGCUGGUAGACCUAGGAGGGGCCGUGGUUGUCAACGGCAGCAGCAGUUCCAGAAAAUCAUGGAAUGGUCCGGCAUCCAAAUGUGCACGAACAACCAAGUGGUAA